AAUCGGUACGCCGAUCGCUCCGUGGCGAUCGAAAUCGCAUGCACCAGAAGUGCUCGAAUCGAUUUGUACGACAUUUGUGAGGAGUACAAACGCAAGUAUCAACGCGCCCUUGAGUACGACGUUCAGCAGAUGUGCAGCGGUGACUACAUGCGUUUACUCAUCGCAUUGCUGUCCGCAUCUAACAACAACAAUAAUCACAUUAUGUAG